AUAGGUUGGCAUUCCUUUAGUUUUUGUUUUGAUUGUGCUCGCACGUGUUCUUCGAUUUCUGUGUGAGAAAAAGUUAAAUUCUGUACAAUGUCCGACAAAUACGCUGUGCCCAAUAAAUUGCCUGGCAAAACAGUCUCAGUGCUGAGACACCGCAAGCGACGCAUUCAACAGGAUAAAUCGGUCCUUGAACAGAAACGCACAGAACGUAUUAAACGCAUAAAGAAUGCACGCACACAUCAUAAAUUCCGGCGCGCCGAGUCCUUUGUUAUGGGCUACUUGAAAGCUGAGCGUACAUCCAAACGCAUCAGACAAACAUUUCUACGUACAAAUAUAACAGAGCAAAGCGCCAACGCUGCUGCGGACACAAAUCCCAAAUUACUUUUGGUGAUGCGACAUGCGGGCAAAAAGAUCUUUGACAAGACGACCUCAGACAUAUUUAAGACUCUGCGCAUGGGACAACGUCACAAUGCUGUUUUUCUAGAAAAUAACAAGGAAAAUCAAUUGCUGUUGCGGGUGAUUGAGCCCUAUGUUGUCUAUGGUUUUCCAACACUCUCAACCAUACGUGAGCUGCUCUUCAAGAAGGGCUUUGCACGCAUCGAUGGCAAGAAGACGGCCAUACAAUCAAACACAAUGGUGGAGGAGCAACUCGGAGACAAGGGUGUCAUCUGCUUAGAGGAUAUAAUACAUGAAAUUUAUACAGUAGGCCCUAAUUUUGCAGCUGUAAUGGAUUUCCUGUGUGCUUUUAUGCUUUCAAGUCCGCGCGAUGGUUGGAAAAAGAAGGUUUCCGUGGCAUUCAAGCGGGGCGGCGAAUAUGGCGAUCGUGGCAAUAGCAUAAACGAUUUGAUUGCACGCUGCCUCUAAAAAAAGAUUAAUCUAGUACACUUUUAAGUAAAUUCUUUAAAGCGAACAGCAGAAAUAUAGUUAUAUAUGUAUAUAGGUUUAUAAUACACAUUUGCAAGUGCCGAA